AGGGAACCGAAAGGAUGAUGAGAAAUCAAAACAGGAAAUUUUUCGUAGUUGGGUUUGAUGACACGUUAUCUUUUUCUUUCAGUCUUUGGCGUGUGUGGCAAAUAACUUAGGUUCUUGGAAUAUUGAUUUCAAGUUGUGCUCAUUUGUUUUAUAAUUAUUAUUCUCUGCCCCCAAUAACCCAAUAAGCAAUUUCUAAAUAUUCUGAAGGAUAACUGAUUGUUUUAACUCUAGGAACCUAUUUUAUUAUCCUCCAGAAGAAAUGUUUCUUAAGUCAGUAGGAAAAUAGGAUUUGUUGUAUAGAAAUUCCCUCUGCAGGGAACUUUCUGUAUGUUUAUAAAUUUCAUGAGUGAAUGUGAACACUGACCCAAAAGCUACUUGGGAAAUUCUCCAGUGCAGAGUGUUCAUCAUUCUCAGGAUGUGUUUUUCAAGGUUUGGGCAUGGGAUUCGGUGUAGCUCGUGGUCUUCCCCAUCUCAGUAAAUGACCAUUCCACUGUUCCCAUCGCUGAGGCCAACAACUUUGGAAUUGUCCUUGACUCUUCUUUUUGCCUUACAUGCCAUAGCAGAUCCAUCAGUGAAACUGUCAGCUCUACCUUGGAAAUAGAUCCAGGAUCUGACCACUUCUUGCUACCUCUGAUGCUCCUACCCAGACCCAAGCCACCAGUAUGUUUUGCUGGAAUCUCCCCACUGGUCUCCCUGGACCUGCCGUAUCCCUGCAGGAUGGAUUAAGCAGUCAUACUGUCCACCACAUGACGGAUGUCUAAGGGCCUGUCCCAUGCAGCUGAGGGUGUGCACUGUUAGGCCGGGGCUCGUUAGGACAGUGCUCAGUUCAAGGAAACAUUAAACUGAGCAGGUCCUGGGGAUGCUGAAUAAAGUAAACAAAACCCAUUAUGAGUAAGAGGUAAGAAGUGUAAGACAGCACCAGAUAGCAAGCAUCAAAUCCAAGAAAUAAUUUGUGUUUAUUGGAACAUGUGACAGUAUUGCCUUGGGAGAACAUAAGAAAGCAAGGUCAGGAAAAUGAGUAGUUCUGUUCAAACAGUGAUCAUGUGAUGAAUAAGACACUGCUUAUUACAGACACCAUGGGACACUGAUGUAUCAGAAGGGAAGGUGUUGUCAUUAUUGCUCCUUUACUUAGUGAGCAGGUGUACACUGGACAAGUUUCGAUAAAUGUACACACCCAUAUAACCUCUGCUCCGGCCUCAGUCUAGAACCUUUCUAUCACCCCAGAAGUUUCCUUGUGCUCCUUUGCAGUCCCACCACUCAACACACACACCUCUUCUCCAGCCCUGGGCAACCACUGAUCAGUUUUGUUUUGAAUCUUUUAAAUUGCUUUUUCUGCCUGUCAUGGGCUCUAGCAUUGCAGAAUACUGUGGCUAAGGACAUGGGCUUGGAGGCAGAUUGCCUUGCUAGAGACCUCCUUGCACCCCAAUUUCUGCCUCCAUAAAAUGGGGGUAAUGCUAGCCCCUACCUUACUACCUUACACUUUGUGAAGAAUAAACAGCAGCUGAUACAUAACAGCCCAAUAAAUAUUGAUUAUUAUUAUUUAUAGUGUUGAGUAUGUUAGACAUUGUGUUAAGUACUGUGCACAGAUGGGAGAGUUGCUUCCCGUGUUCCCUGCACAUCUCCACUCAUCCUUCCUGUACACGCCAAGAGCUUCCCACUACCCUGAGCUGCUUUCUCAUGAAGUCUCUCCCUAGCUACAGGGGUGUGCUCUGUCUGCACAUGGGGCAGCCAGAAGUGCUAAGCAGUUAAGGCCCCCAGGAGCAGCCAAUGAUGGACAGGUGUUGCAGAUAGAUACCCCAGCUUCCUUGCCCCCUAGAUGGGACAACUCUCAGGCAUGUUCUACCCUGUCUCCCAGAGUCCCCCGUCAGGACUGAGCCCCAGUUGCCCACAGUGGUAGUAACCUCAUGAACAUACUCUGUAUUGGCUGCCUCUUCUUCUCUGUCUCACUUCCUCCCUCCCCUUCCAGAGCUUUCUGGGACCAUCUAUCAAAUAACUAUUUCCAUUCUCUUCCUCAUCUCAGGGUCUUCUUCUAAGACAAUGGAGUAUUUCAUUUCAUCCUCAAGCAGUCCCACGUGGGAGACAGUAAUAGUUUUUCCAUUUACAGGAAGGCCGCUGCUUGUUUGUCAUCCUGCUCAUGGCGGUGUACUGGUGCACAGAGGCCCUGCCCCUCUCGGUGACGGCCCUGCUGCCCAUCAUUCUCUUCCCCUUCAUGGGCAUCCUGCCCUCCCACAAGGUCUGCCCCCAGUACUUCCUCGACACCAACUUCCUCUUCCUCAGUGGCCUGAUCAUGGCCAGUGCCAUCGAGGAGUGGAACCUGCACCGGAGAAUCGCCCUCAAGAUCCUGAUGCUUGUCGGGGUUCAGCCAGCCAGGCUCAUCCUGGGCAUGAUGGUGACCACCUCCUUCCUGUCCAUGUGGCUGAGCAACACCGCCUCCACUGCCAUGAUGCUGCCCAUCGCCAGCGCCAUCCUGAAGAGUCUCUUUGACCCGAAGGAGACACGGAAGGACGUCGGCUGGAAGAGUGAAGAAAGCACAGCUGCUGGACGGAGAAAUGGCCUGCACACUGUACCCACGGAGAUGCAAUUUCUUGCCAGCACAGAAGACCAGGACCGCCCCAAUGAGGUGGAGGCGCCGCUCGAUCUACCAGCUGACGUCAGGAAGGAGGAAGAAUAUCGCAGGAACAUCUGGAAGGGCUUCCUCAUCUCCAUCCCCUACUCAGCCAGUAUCGGGGGCACUGCUACCCUCACUGGCACGGCCCCCAACCUCAUCCUGCUUGGCCAGCUCAAGAGCUUCUUCCCGCAGUGUGACGUGGUAAACUUCGGCUCCUGGUUCAUUUUCGCCUUCCCACUCAUGCUGCUGUUCCUGCUGCUGGGCUGGCUCUGGAUCUCCUUCCUGUAUGGGGCAAUGAGCCUCAGGGCCUUGAGGAGGAAGAAAUCUGAGAUAAAGGCUGAUGCUGAAGACAGGGCUCGAACCAUGAUUCGGGAGGAAUUCCAGAACCUGGGGCCCCUCAAGUUUGCAGAACAGGCCGUGUUCACCCUUUUCUGCCUGUUUGCCGUCCUCCUCUUCUCCCGGGACCCGAAGUUCAUCCCUGGCUGGGCCAGCCUCUUCACCCCCGGGUUCCUUUCCGAUGCCGUCACCGGUGUGAGCAUUGUCACCAUCUUGUUCUUCUUCCCGUCCCAAAGGCCCUCUCUCAAGUGGUGGUUUGACUUCAAAGCUGCCAACACGGAGACAGAGCCGCUGCUGACGUGGAAGAAGGCCCAGGAGACGGUGCCUUGGAACAUCAUCCUUCUCCUGGGAGGGGGCUUCGCCAUGGCCAAGGGCUGUGAGGAGUCGGGGCUGUCUUCUUGGAUCGGGGGUCAGCUGCACCCACUGGAGAGCGUGCCGCCCGCGCUGGCUGUGCUGCUCAUCACGGCCGUCAUCGCCUUCUUCACUGAGUUUGCCAGCAACACAGCCACCAUCAUCAUCUUCCUGCCCGUCCUGGCAGAGCUGGCCAUCCGCCUGCGAGUGCACCCCCUGUAUCUGAUGAUUCCGGGCACGGUCGGCUGCUCCUACGCCUUCAUGCUUCCGGUCUCGACUCCCCCCAACUCGAUUGCCUUUGCCUCUGGGCACUUGCUGGUCAAAGACAUGGUGCGGACAGGCAUCCUGAUGAACCUGAUGGGCGUCCUGCUGCUCAGCUUGGCCAUGAAUACCUGGGCUCAGGCUAUCUUCCAGCUAGGCACUUUCCCAGACUGGGCCGAUGCCCACUCAGCCAAUGUCACGGCGCUGCCACCUACCUUCACCAACUACACACUUCAGACCUUCUGAGUUCCCCCAGGGACUCCCCUUGGGCUAGGCCCUCCCAGAGGGCUGUUGCCAACACCUGCUGCUAGGGUCCUACAGGAUGAUCAAAUAAUUAUUUUCUGUCAUCCAAUAUGCAGCAAGCAAUGGUGACCUCCAGUGGUCCACUGGGGCCCACAAGUUCAUUUUCUAGAAUACCUCUUUCUCAUUAAAUUGAGGGUCCAAAUACCUUCCGGAUCUGCUGCCUGAGAAACAGACUUCUUUAUCUCUGAGCUGUUAUGUGGUUAGGAUACAGGAGAGCCCGGUUUCAGCAAUAGCAAGCAAAUCUGGAAUGGCAUCUGUCUUACCCAGUUGGGAUGAGAGGCCAUCCAUCUCUGUGGGCACAGCUAAGCAUUAUUCCCUGACUGACUACUUAGGUUACACUCUGGAGAGACUGUCUUGCCUUUAGGAAUCACUUUCCUUGGAGAGGCUUUCAGGGCUGCAAUAUUCCAGUCCAGUUGUUAUAGCUGUUCACAGCCAGUAUAUGUUCUGCUUGGUCAAUGCCCCUUUUGUACCAAGUAUUUGAAUGUUUCUGGUGCUGAUAUGGGGGGGGGGGAUGGGAUGACCUCCUGAGGAUGUGGCAACCAUACAAAGCCUCCGUGCUGCUCCUCUGGGCUCCCGAGCACCCCAGGGAGUUCUAGGAACCCCGGCUGACAUCUCCACCGAAGUUUUAUAGGACCUUCCUGUUUAAUCCAAUUCGGUUUGGAUUGGGUUCAGGCCAAUCCUGGGCUCCUGCCCUCUCGCAGGUGACCCUUGGCCUCUCUAGCCAAGACUUGAGUUGUCUGGAGAUGCUUGAAAGGGGCCCUGCUGCAUGUGGCUGCCAGGUAGCCAGCUGCUUCUUGCUCUAACAGCUGGACUUUCCCUCCCCACCCCACCCCAAGUGGUAAGCAUGUUUGAUUAGCAAGGGCCAUGUUUUUCAGGAGUGAGAGAAAAGUCAAAAGAUAAAUUAGGGCCUUGUAAAAGGCCUGGGUGAAAUAUCUCCAACAGACAAAAUAUUAUAAUCCUCUCCUACAGAUGGGAAAAAGUGAGACGUUUCCAUGAGCCAGUAGCUGGAGGGGGCAUGUUAUAGAGGACUGGAUCCCUCAUUGUCUUUGCAUCCCCAGAGAAUAGCACAGUACUGGGGUCUGCAGGUGCGUGGGAAGUGGAUGCUGAAUGAGUGGCCUAGUGUUAGCCCCACAUCAGAAAAGGCAAUGGCUCAGGGGCCCAGGCCCCUCCCAUCUCCUCAUCCUAUGCCCCUGAGGUUUGAGACCCUCUAGCAGAGCUGGCCCCAAAGGCACGUCCAGCUCUCAGUACAACACAAGUGAAUCCUGCCUGUUUCCUUGAGAGCAGGGGAUAUAGGAUCAAGGAGAGGCCCCUGAGCAGGAGAUGAGCUCUGCCUCUUUCCCCAGUGAGCACUCCCUAUUUAAUCACAGUUGCAGCCCGUGGGACAGGGGAGAGGGGAAAUUCAUUCACAGAGAAACCCACAGGGCCUAUAACCAGAGGAAUCAUGAUUACAAAUGCUUCUGAUUGAAAAAGAAAAUAAAGAAUGUUAAUCCAUAA